GAGCCCUCUACAGGGACGUCAUGCAGGAGAACUACGAGACGGUGACCUCGCUGGGAUUCCCUCUUCCCAAACCUGAUCUAAUCAGCCGGCUGGAACGAGGGGAAGAGCCGUGGGUGCCCGAUCUCCAGGCCUGCGAGGAAAGAGAGAUCCCAAGAGUCGCCCACACAGCGCGAUUUCUGGAGCCCGACCUGCUGAGGACUUUGCUGAUGUGUGUCGCCAGCACAUCAUGUUUGGCAGUUGAGCUAUUCCUUCAACUCCAAAGUGACAGUGAGGAAUCCGACGAUGAUGAUAUCGAGUCACCUGCCGCGUGUGACACUACAUUGCUUGUGGCAUUCACGGAAAUGCUCAGCACCGUGGAACGCCGCUUUUGGGCUCGGGAAAAAAGCACUGAGUGGUGGGAUCACAUAGUCAUGGAAGUCUGGGAU